AUGUACCUUACCGCGGUGAUCCAAUUCGGCCUUUUGGCGCUCGCCGGCGUCCAGCCGUCUUUAGCAGCCGCCAGUUGGGGCUUCGGUGACGCCACGCUGUCAAUUCAGCAAAAGGGCGCUGGGGUCGGUGGAGGAUUGAAAGAGAAGUUCGAAACCCACAUUCGAGGGGGAAGCAGAAUUAUGCUGACUGUAUUGUCCAGAUUACUAGAUAAGAAGCCACUUUCGAAACCAAUCCCGCUCGGACAAGCGGACACGUUGAAGCUCCUCCUCACCGCGCAAGAAGGCCGCGCCCCAAAGAAACCGCAUCAGGCGUUCCUUUUGCUUAAAGAUGCUGAAUCGGGCUUGGACAUUUCUUAUCCGUUGGCGAUCAAGGACAAUGGAAAAGCUAGAUUGGAACUGACGCACAAAGAUCUACCUAUCCAACUACUAAAGUCAGAGAAACCUCUCGAUGCGAAUAUCGUAAUAGCUUCUUUUGGCUCUGCCCUGGGCUAUGAUAGCCCGGCAUUCCGGCUCUCCAUUAAGCGAAACCCGGACGAGCCUCUCCCGCGUGUCGAAACCCUCAGAUACGGCAAGCUCGAUGAGAUCCACCAUAUCUUCAAAUCAGACCCCAAAAGCCCUCCGAUUAUUAUAUCGUUGGCAUUCGUUGUUGCUGUACUUGCGGCUCUCCCGGUGUUGGCAGGUUUGGUAAGUAGAGGGCAUUUAAGCGCAGGAGACUCCAGCUGA